CUAACAGCUCAGGCAUACGGUGCGAGUGUUGAUAAACGAGGUUUGAUUGGCGAUAUUUUCCAACACCUGAACCCAUUGAACCACAAUUGCCAAACUGGAACCGGGACUACCGGUGCCGCACCAACUGCUAUGAAAGUAGACCUUGAUCAAUUACUUCAGUCAGAUUGCGAGCACCCGUUGUCUCCUAAUUAUAAGCAAACUUUGCGCCGAUUGGACGUCGAUCUGAAAGACGUGAAAUGUGUGUCCAAUGGUGUGAACCAAUUGACUGGUCUAUCACUCGAUGCUGUCUUCCAUCCCAUGGAGUUGUCGUGCAGUGGCUUUCACUUCAGACAAAUCCCGUAUACAUUCAGCGCCCACUUUAACGGACAACAGGAGGAUUUGACUGUAGAUAAUUGCAACCAGGUGGUUUCAUCAGUCAACGGCAAUAUGUUUGAACUGAAUUUGGGUGCCAUAACCUCUGGCCGAUGCAAAGGGGACUUACUAUACGUGCAGACCGUCUAUACAUCGGACAACCCCUUAGCCUGUGCUGAACAGACCCUCAAUACUCUGCGUAUAACCCAAAUGAGUGCCGCAAUCUAUGGCGACAAUUGCCCGACAGAGUGCACAGACUAUACCGCAACACCUGUUACUAUUAAUCCCGCCAUUAAUAACCAGGGUAAAGCUGAAUUUGGUGAUCAAUAUCUUGUAAUUGAUUAAUAACCAAUGUUUUC